UCACGUGGUGUCCAGCUGGUCCAAUAUAAGGCCCAACUCCACGUUGUUGAAAAUCACUUCAGUUUGGUUCAUUUCCUUGGAAUUACUGGACACUAGACCUCUAGCAAAAUGUUACGCUUUCUAGUUGUUGCUGCUUUGAUUACACUGUCCUGUGCAUUGCGUUCAGAACUGAAUGACUUGUGGACCUCUUUCAAGGAGAGACAUGGCAAGUCUUACACUCGCCAACACGACGUCAUGAGGAGAGGGAUCUGGGAGUCCAACAUUGAACGUAUUGAAAAGCACAACAUUCUGGCUGACAGGGGCGUCUACACCUACUGGAUGGGCGAAAACGAAUACACUGAUAUGACCAUCGCUGAGUUUAGAGCCAUGAAAAACGGAUUCAGAGCCUCCAACAAGACAUCUCAUCAUGUCCUGUAUGUGUCCGAACCAAAUGUUGCACUUCCUGCUGAGGUAGACUGGAGAAAGGAAGGCUACGUCACAGAGGUCAAAAAUCAGGGUCAGUGCGGAUCAUGCUGGGCUUUCUCUACCGCCGGUGCUUUAGAAGGUCAAAUAUUCAAGCGCUCCAAGAAACUUGUCUCCCUUUCUGAACAGAAUUUAGUCGAUUGCUCUAGAAAAUGGGGUAACCAGGGAUGCGAUGGCGGGCUCAUGACUCAAUCUUUCCAAUAUAUUAAAGAUAACAGUGGCAUCGACUCUGAAGAAUCAUAUCCAUACAUUGGAGUGGACCAAGAGUGUGCAUUUAAAAAGGAAAAUGUUGCUGCCUCAGACUCCGGCUAUGUUGAGAUUCAGUCUGGCAAUGAACAAGCUUUACAACAGGCUGUAGUUGAGAUCGGACCAAUCAGCGCCGCCAUGGUUGCCAACCACGACUCUUUCCUGAACUACAAAGGUGGAAUUUAUCAAGAACCUUUAUGCAACGAUGGAACACUAGAUCACGCUAUCUUGAUCGUAGGAUACGGCACAGAGAAUGGACAAGAUUUCUGGCUGGUUAAAAACAGUUGGGGCACCAGUUGGGGAGAGAAAGGCUAUUUCAGAAUUGUCCGCAACAAAGACAACCAUUGUGGUAUUGCCUCAGUAGCCUCCUACCCAACUCUGUAAUUCAA